UGUUUUGGCCGAUUGGGCCUGAGAAGCACAAAACAGUCUAACACUGGCGCUAACUAACCAUUACGGUUCACAUAUGCAAAUUCGAAUUAUGUACUUCCGCACGAAGGGAGAGAUAUUAUAGUUUGCAUUUAUCGCGGUUGAUCUUAUUCCAAGAGGCCAUCCGUAUUAUGAACUGGAAUACAGUCGAAUCACGGAAACCGGACAGUUGUAGCCAUUGUGAAUAAUUGCUCACAUUAAUUUAUUGCUACCUGCUUACGGUUAGUGCACGCUUUUCUGUGCGAAAUUCUGAAAGCCAAUGCACGGAAAGUGAUUCGACGAUCACCUUCCUCCGGAUCUUAAUAUAGUAUAGGACUCUAUAUAUACUUCUAUAUGUCGUCUGACCAUACGCGUGCCAUAUUAUGUCCACCAUAAAAGACAGAAUCAGGGAUUACCGGGGGUUUAGAGCGUCCGUAAAAACCAGCGAUAACACUCCAGCGUCCAAUCAAGCAGGCGAAGAGACUGUCAUCGAAGUGCAAACGGGCUCGGAUGGAAUUGCCGAUCGAACGAUGGAGUGGUUUUUGACAAGAGUAGAAAUUGUGAUUGACAUUACGAACGCGAUUGAUACGAAUAUUCGGGCGUUGAAAGAGAUCUUUACAACGAUAACCGGGACCGGAAGAACGGCCAAUUCGUCAGCGGUCGCGCAUCUCGCCUACUCGUUAUGCGUAAUACCUUUUCAUCACACCUUUCAGUCACUGCCGUUUCCUACACUGGUCCAUGAAGUCAAGAAACACUGCGAAAUUGUCAAAGAAAAAUUACAAGAAAUUGCACCGGACAUCCCUAGUUUGUAUACAUGGAGCAGUACUAGUACAGAGAAUAAGAUCUGCAACUUCCAUUAUAUAAGAAUGGUGAACAAACUGGCGGAAGUGAUGGCAGUGUGUGCCGAGGCGCAGAAACAAUAUGAAGAAUGGCAAAGGGCAACAUUUCCGGACAUGGACAAAGAAGUUGGUUGUCCUUUAAUCGAGCCUCAUCAAGAAACAGAAUUGUCCAACUCGCGUGAUAUUGAUAUGACACAGUUUUACAAACGCGACUCUGAUAAAGCGGAAAUUGAUCUUCGCGAAAUCCGUGAUUUGAUGGCGGACAUCGCCUAUUAUACCGAAACGAUCGAGAAGCAGGCAAAAUCUGUCCAAAUACUCGAAAAACAAACCCACAACGCGGCCGAAACCACGCGGUCUGCCGUUCCGCUUCUUGACAAAGCUAUAAUACGGACGAGCCGUAAAAGAAGAAUACAGCUACGACGGGAUGUAAAAUUGGGAAUUGCUGCUGGAAUAAUAGUAUUAAAAAUUCUCGCUGUUAUUCUUUAUUUCAAAUUCGGAGAUGAUCUCACAUAACAAGAUCUGUACCGAAAAAUGCACAUAAUUCGGUUCUAAGUGUGACCUUUGGAUAGCAGUGUUAGUGCCAUGCUCGAUACUCGUGUAUGUAGUUUGACUUUGUUUCACAAAUUGCCUGCUAUAAAACGUUU